AGUCGUUUCUUGAACGUGUCUCAUGCGUGUCCAGCACUUUCGUCAAGAGAUAUUAAGUAUUUUUUCGAAGCGUUUGAAAUAUUGCGAGGAAAAGUGUCGCGAGAAACCAUUUCCAGCACACAGAGGAACGAAGUUCCUUACAAACUCGCGUACAAGCUUCGUAAUCAACCCAAUCUAAGAAACGUGACCAACUUGCCGAAAAUGACGGCGAUCACGGCAAGCGGCGAUGGACGAAACGCUCAUAGCCAGGCUUAUAAAGAUAAAAGUAAACCAACAGACAUUCGCAGUAGCAACAUUAAUGCCGCAAAAGCUGUGAGUGAUGCAAUUCGUACAAGUCUUGGCCCUAGAGGGAUGGAUAAAAUGAUUCAAGCAGGCAAUGGAGAAGUUACAAUUACCAAUGAUGGUGCUACAAUCUUAAAAGAAAUGAAUGUUGUACAUCCUGCAGCAAAAAUGUUAGUUGAAUUAUCCAAGGCACAGGACAUCGAAGCUGGCGAUGGCACUACCAGUGUUGUUGUCAUAGCUGGUUCUCUUUUAGAAGCUGCAGAACGUUUGUUACAAAAAGGAAUUCAUCCUACAUUAAUCAGCGAUGCUUUCCAAAAAGCUGCAACGAAAGCUGUAGAGAUACUGACAAAUAUGUCAAUACCUGUCGAUUUGCAAGACAAACAAUCACUGAUUAGAGCUGCAGCAACUUCCUUAAACUCAAAAGUUGUCUUUCAACAAUCGAGUCUUUUAGCACCACUGGCUGUAGAUGCAGUAUUAAAAGUCACUGAAGAAGGAAAAGAAAGCGUUGUAGAUCUUAAUAAUAUAAAAGUAAUCAAGAAGUUAGGAGGUACAGUUGAGGAUACUGAACUUAUAGAGGGAUUGAUAUUUACACAAAAAUCUUGUAACAUUAAUGGACCAAAGCGCAUUGAAAAAGCGAAAAUAGGUUUAAUUCAAUUCUGUAUUUCUCCGCCUAAAACGGACAUGGAUCAUAAUGUAAUCGUGUCUGAUUACGCUGCAAUGGAUCGUGUUUUGAAAGAGGAAAGAACUUACAUAUUAAAUAUCGUAAAACAAAUCAAAAAAGCUGGUUGCAAUGUACUUCUAGUACAGAAAUCCAUUCUUCGCGACGCUGUUAGUGAUCUAGCUAUACACUUUUUAGAUAAAAUCAAAGUUAUGGUGAUUAAAGACAUCGAGCGCGAAGAUAUUUCAUUCGUAUGUAAAACGUUAGGUUGUAGACCAAUCGCAUCAUUGGAUCAUUUUGUUGCUGAAAAUCUUGUUAACGCAGAAUUAUGCGAAGAAGUACAAACUGGAAAUUCUAAGUUUGUUAAAAUCACUAAAAUACAAAAUCCUGGACCAACAGUAACAGUUCUUGUACGGGGCAGCAAUAAAUUGGUCUUGGAAGAAGCAGAACGUUCAUUGCACGAUGCAUUAUGCGUAGUACGCUGUCUAGUAAAACAGAAAGCUUUAAUUGCUGGAGGAGGAGCACCUGAGAUAGAGCUUGCACUAAAAUUAGGAGCAUAUGCUCAAACUUUGACUGGUGUUGAUGCUUAUUGUAUUAAAGCGUUUGCAAAUGCGUUCGAGAUAAUUCCAUCGACACUAGCAGAAAAUGCCGGAUUAAAUCCCAUUGCAACUGUAACGGAACUUCGAAACCGACAUGCCAAGGGUGAACAUACUACAGGAAUUAACGUACGAAAGGGUUCAAUCACCAAUAUUUUGGAAGAAAAUGUGAUUCAACCACUUUUAGUUUCUAUAAGUGCUAUCACACUUGCAUCGGAAACUGUUCGCAGCAUAUUAAAGAUUGACGAUAUCGUGAAUACAAAUCAAUAAUUUAUAAAAAAUGAUAUUUUAAACAUUUAAAUUGCAUUGCAUUUUUUUCUCGAUUAAAGAAAUGCCACUUUAUACUAGAUUGACUUUAUAAUAUCUUUACAAUUUGCUGAACUAAUAAUAAAAUCAAAGCGUUUAACAUUUUCAAUUUUUCUUAUUAUUGAAAAAUAAAGUCAAUCUGCUUUUAUA